GACGUGCUCAAUGAUAACCUCCAGCGACGUGCAGUUCCUCGCUACGCAUAUAUUUGGCUUUCAGCUCAACUGGGCUCUGCAGGGGAUUUUAACGGCCCAAGUCUAUUUCUACUACAGCGCAUCCUUCAAGGACAACAACUGGGUCAAGACAGCCGUGUACGGCAACUACAUCCUCGAACUGAUCCAAACCGGAUUCGCAGCACACGACUCGUACAUAUACUUCGCUCGCGACUGGGGCGAUGUGAAUAUUAUACGGACGCCAAACAUCAACUGGGUGUGUUUCGUGAGUCUCGCUGCAAUCGUUGCAUCUAUAACACAGCUUUUCUACGCGUGGCGGAUAUACGUGCUGAGUAGGUCGAAGUGCCUGCUCAUUGCAGUGGCCUCGCUGUCAGCACUCCAGCUUGUCUCUGGUAUUGCCGCCGGUGUCCUUGACAAGGUAUAUGACGAAUAUACCAGCCUCUUGGAGAGCUACCGGGCGCUUGUCGCCAUGACAGAGACCUGGCUGGCCCUGUCGGCUGCCUGUGACAUACUCAUUUUGAUCGUUAUGGUAUACUUCCUCUACACGCAUCGAUCGAGUAGCGAGAAAACUAUGAGACUCGUGAAUCGGGUCAUCAAGAUCAUUGUCGAGACAAACCUACUGACAGCCAGCGUCUCAAUAGCCUUCAUAGUCCUCUACCGCUUCUACCUCGAAACCGGGCACGCGUUCGUCGCCGUCGGCUUCGUGCUCCCAAAGCUCUACAGCAACUCUCUCCUCGCGAUCCUCAACAACAGAAGCCUCGCCAAGUCCGGACACAGCAUUUGCGAGACCACUGUGGCAGACCUGACGACGAGUCGCGGAUCGGAGAUACACUUCAGACGGGGCCGCCGUGACAUGUGCGCGACCGACUUCGAAACGGGCAACGUAAGCAUCGGCACCCGUGUUGACACCGGUGGGCAUUCGCCCUCCGUAGUAGAGGUAGCGCUCCACGCGCGGGAUAAGGAGAUGGACGAGAGUAGACCUGUGACGAUGUACUGGUAGCAAGAGGUU